AUGCAGAUCUUUUAUUUCUUGUCCAGUUUCCUGGCAAUCUCCAGCACGGUGGUAGCUUCUUGCACACAGCCGUCGGCGUCAGGUAUUGAAGCGCUCCUGCAACGACGUCUCCCACAACAUGCGGACAAGUUUGAGUUUGGUAUUGUGAAUGCGACUUCUCUGGGGGAGAAUGAUGUGUAUGUUGUUUUGAGUGCGGAGAAUGGGAGUAUUAGGAUUGAGGGUAGUUCGUUGAGUGCGUUGGCUACGGGAUUGCAUCGAUAUCUUUCUGAUGUUGCGCAUGUCGAUAUCUAUUGGUUCAUAGGUAGUCGACUGGAUCAGAUUGAUGGACAAUUUCCAAAGCUUAACGAGCCUUUGACGGGGUCUAGCGUUGUGCCGUAUCGGUAUCACUUCAACACUGUAACAACAUCCUACACCAGCGCAUUCUGGUCCUGGGAAGACUGGGAACUCCAACUAGACUGGAUGGCUCUCCGGGGCAUCAAUCUCCCCCUCGCCUGGAUUGGAAUCGAAAGGAUUUUUAUCGAGGUAUUCCAAGACCUCGGAUUAACCGACACCGAAAUCGCAGAUUUCCUUAGUGGACCUGCUUUUCUUGCAUGGAACCAUUUCGGGAAUAUUCAGGGGUCAUGGAGCGGAUCUUUACCUUAUGACUGGGUUGAUAGUCAGUUUGAUCUGCAGAAGAAGAUUGUUAAACGGAUGACGGAGUUGGGUAUGACGCCUAUAUUGCCUGCGUUUCCGGGGUUUGUGCCUAGAGCUAUUACACGUGUGUUGCCUGAUGCGGAUGUUAUCAAUGGUUCUGCGUGGGAGGCGUUCCCGACCAUGUAUACUAAUGAUACGUUCAUGGAACCUACUGAUCCUCAUUUUACGGAAAUCCAGAAAAGUUUUAUCGCCAAACAGAUUGAGGCGUAUGGGAAUGUGACUACAUUCUAUACCUUGGAUCAAUUCAACGAAAACAAUCCUUCGUCUGGGGAUCUCAGUUACUUGCGCAACGUCAGCCAGGGAACUUGGAAAACACUCAAAGCCGCCGACUCCAAUGCUGUGUGGGUGAUGCAAGGAUGGCUGUUUACGAGUAACUCUGCAUUCUGGACCAACGAUCGCAUUGAAGCGUAUCUUGGCGGUGUGGCUGUUGAUUCGGAUUUGCUAAUCCUAGAUCUUGCGUCCGAGUCGUCGCCGCAGUGGCAGCGCACGAAUUCCUAUUACGGCAAGCCGUGGAUAUGGUGCGAGAUCCAUGAUUACGGUGGUAAUAUGGGGUUUUACGGCCAAGUUAUGAAUAUCACCAACAACCCUAUUGCUGCGCUGCACAAUUCUAGUUCGCUCGUUGGAUUCGGUCUGUCCAUGGAGGGACAGGAGGGAAAUGAGAUUGUCUAUGAUCUUCUGCUCGAUCAGGCUUGGAACGCUGCGCCUAUCGAUACGGAGAGUUAUUUCCAUGAUUGGGUUACCGCGAGAUAUGCAGGCAGCAGAUCGAUCCCGUCCUCAGUUUAUAGUGCAUGGGACAUUCUACGAACCACGGUGUACAACAACACCAAUCUUGCAGCAAAUGCAGUCCCCAAGGCGAUCUUCGAAUUGAUCCCUAGCACAACCGGCCUAUUGAAUAGAACAGGUCAUCAUCCAACCAAACUAAACUACAACACGGCCGAUAUGGUGCAGGCAUGGAAUUUAUUCUAUACCUCCGCUUUCAAGGAGCCAUCACUCUGGCUGAAUCCAGCCUUUGAAUUCGAUCUGGUCGACAUGUCUCGGCAGGUUUUGGCAAAUGCGUUCAUCCCUGUUUAUGAGAAUCUAAUCUCUACUUACAACACAAGCAAUCCAUCUUCAACAAAAUUACAAACCAUCGGAGCAGAAUUGAUCGGUAUCCUACAAGCCCUGGACACCGUCCUGGCCACAAACAAGAACUUCAAACUCUCCACCUGGCUCUCUGCCGCUCGCGCAUCUGCAGGAUCACAGCACAAUAUUGAAGAUUUCCUGGAAUACAACGCUCGUAACCAAAUCACCCUAUGGGGUCCAACGGGGCAAAUCAGUGAUUACGCAUCCAAGUCCUGGGCUGGAUUGGUGUCGUCGUACUACAUCCCGCGCUGGAAGAUGUUUGUUGAGUAUCUGAUUGAUACGCCGGUGGCAAAGUAUAAUCAGUCAGCGUUUAAUAGGGGAUUGUUGAUAUGGGAGUUGCAGUGGCAGAAUGAGACUAUUGCGGCGGCUGUGGGGGAGGAGAAGGUUGGGGGAAGUGUUGAGUCGGUGUUGGAGGGUGUGGUUGGGCAGUGGAAGGAUGUUUUUUCUUCUUGA